CGCAGCGUCGCCGCCUGCCCGGGCCGGGCCGAGUCGCAGCGCCGUCGGGCAUGGAGCCGUGGCGGCAGUGCGCGCAGUGGCUCAUCCACUGCAAGGUGCUGCCCGCCAACCACCGGGUGACCUGGGACUCGGCGCAGGUGUUCGACCUGGCGCAGACCCUCCGCGAUGGGGUCCUGCUCUGCCAGCUGCUCAACAACCUCCGGGCGCACUCCAUCAACCUCAAGGAGAUCAACCUGAGGCCGCAGAUGUCCCAGUUCCUCUGUUUGAAGAAUAUAAGGACUUUCCUUACGGCCUGUUGUGAGACAUUUGGAAUGAGAAAGAGUGAACUCUUUGAGGCCUUUGACCUGUUUGAUGUUCGUGACUUUGGAAAGGUUAUAGAAACUUUAUCACGACUCUCUCGCACACCUAUAGCACUGGCCACAGGAAUCAGGCCCUUCCCAACCGAAGAAAGCAUCAACGAUGAGGACAUCUACAAAGGCCUACCUGAUUUAAUAGAUGAAACCCAUGUAGAAGAUGAGGAGGGGCUCUAUGACUGUGUAUACGGGGAAGAUGAAGGCGGGGAAGUGUACGAGGACUUGAUGAAAGCUGAGGAAACGCAUCAACCUAAAUGUCCAGAAAAUGAUAUACGAAGUUGCUGCUUAGCUGAAAUUAAGCAGACAGAAGAAAAAUACACAGAAACUUUGGAGUCAAUAGAAAAAUAUUUCAUGGCUCCACUAAAAAGAUUUCUGACGGCAAAAGAAUUUGAUUCAGUAUUCAUCAACAUUCCUGAACUUGUCAAAGUUCAUCGGAGCCUUAUGCAGGAGAUCCAUGAUUCCAUUACAAAUAAAAAUGAUCAGAACUUGUAUCAAGUUUUCAUUAACUACAAGGAAAGGUUGGUUAUUUAUGGACAGUACUGCAGUGGAGUGGAAUUAGCCAUCUCUAGUUUAGACUACAUUUCUAAGACGAAAGAAGAUGUCAAACUGAAAUUAGAGGAAUGUUCCAAAAGAGCAAAUAAUGGGAAGUUUACUCUUCGAGACUUGCUUGUGGUUCCAAUGCAGCGUGUGUUAAAGUAUCACCUUCUCCUCCAGGAACUGGUCAAACACACCACCGAUCCUUUGGAGAAGUCAAACCUGAAACUGGCUCUCGAUGCAAUGAAGGACUUGGCACAAUAUGUGAAUGAAGUGAAAAGAGAUAAUGAGACCCUUCGUGAAAUUAAACAGUUUCAGCUAUCUAUAGAAAAUUUGAACCAACCUGUUUUGCUGUUUGGAAGACCCCAGGGAGAUGGUGAAAUUCGAAUCACUACUCUUGACAAACAUACCAAACAAGAAAGGCAUAUCUUCUUAUUUGAUUUGGCAGUAAUUGUCUGUAAAAGAAAAGGUGAUAACUAUGAAAUGAAGGAAAUAAUAGAUCUUCAGCAGUAUAAAAUAGCCAACAACCCUACGACUGAUAAAGAAAAUAAGAAGUGGUCUUAUGGCUUCUACCUCAUCCAUACCCAAGGACAAAACGGUUUAGAAUUUUAUUGCAAAACAAAGGAUUUAAAGAAAAAAUGGCUGGAGCAAUUUGAAAUGGCUUUAUCUAACAUAAGACCAGACUAUGCAGACUCCAAUUUUCAUGAGUUCAAGAUGCAUACCUUCAACAGAGUUACAUCCUGUAAAGUCUGCCAGAUGCUCCUCAGAGGAACAUUUUAUCAAGGCUAUUUAUGUUUUAAGUGUGGUGCAAGAGCACACAAGGAAUGCUUGGGAAGAGUAGACAGCUGUGGCAGAGUUAACUCUGCUGAACAAGGGACGAUCAAACCACUGGAGAAACGAACCAAUGGGCUUGGAAGAACCUCCAGACAGGUGGACCCAGGGUUACCAAAGAUGCAGGCUAUUAGAAACUACUCCGGAACACCACCCCCAGCUCUUCAUGAAGGACCCCCCUUACACAUCCAGGCGGGAGACACAGUUGAACUUCUCCGAGGAGAUGCGCACAGUUUGUUUUGGCAGGGUAGAAACUUAGCAUCUGGAGAGGUUGGAUUUUUCCCAAGUGAUGCUGUCAAGCCUUGCCCAUGUGUGCCCAAACCAGUAGAUUAUUCUUGCCAACCCUGGUAUGCUGGAGCAAUGGAAAGAUUGCAAGCAGAAACUGAACUUAUUAAUAGGGUAAAUAGUACUUACCUGGUGAGGCACAGGACCAAAGAGUCAGGAGAAUAUGCAAUUAGCAUUAAGUACAAUAAUGAAGCAAAGCACAUCAAGAUUUUAACAAGAGAUGGCUUCUUUCACAUUGCAGAAAAUAGAAAAUUUAAAAGUUUAAUGGAACUUGUGGAGUACUACAAGCAUCAUUCUCUCAAAGAAGGAUUCAGAACCUUAGACACGACUCUGCAGUUUCCGUACAAGGAGCCUGAACAUUCAGCAGGACAGAGGGCUAAUCGAGGAGGCAGCAGCUCCCCUUCUUUGUUCUGUGGGUUUUCUCUUGUCACUCCUCCAGACUACAGCUUUGUUCCCCCUUCUUCCACUCCUUUCUGGUCAGUGCUGAGUCCCAAAGUGCUGGGGAUUGCCAUUGCACGUUAUGACUUCUGUGCGCGGGACAUGCGGGAACUGUCCUUGUUGAAAGGGGACGUGGUGAAGAUCUACACGAAGAUGAGCGCGAAUGGCUGGUGGAGAGGAGAAGUCAAUGGCCGGGUGGGCUGGUUUCCAUCCACCUAUGUGGAAGAGGAUGAAUAAAUUCCAGCCCAGCAUUGCUCCCUACAUUGAAAGUCAGAGAAGGAAGGAUCCAAAGUCUGCACAGCAUUGUGAACUAAAGUGUUUCAAAAAGCUGCAUAUGUGACCAGGCAAACAUCCUCUUCCUCUUCCCCUCUUAGUCUUAAUGCUGGGGCUUCAAAAGAUGCUGGUACUGACAGAUUAAUGGUUUGCCCCGAGCUGUGCAAGAAACAGCCUGCCAGUCUGUCAUUGUCAGGGACCAGGAAAAAGCCAAGAGCUUCUCUUCGCCAAAGAGCCCUGCAAACACAUUGGUUCUUGUUACUUUUUAACUUCAUCCAAUCAGACACCAGGGACACCAGUCAUUAGUAAAUGCUUAACACAUAUUUACUUUUUCCUCAUGGCCAUUCACCAGGAUUGUUAAUAGUUCAAAGAAACAGAAGUGUAUUCUGCUUUUCCCAUCAUGAAGGAAAAUGAGCAUCCUGCCAUUUGGGCAGCUUACUGGACAGGUCCAGCAACACUGCUCUUAAAUUGCCUCCCAAGGUGACUCAUGGCCUGGCAGUUUUACCCCCAGAUGCUCCUCAUGAUAAAAGUUAAGAGGCAAAUGCUCAGGUUUGCUUCAGAAGUGUUAAAUCCCAGAGGGGUUUUAAUUAUUCACCUGAUGUCCUAAUUACAUUCACAUGCUUCUUUAUACAGAGGAAAAAAAAAAGAAAAAAAAUACGUCAAAGAGCGUUAAAUCUUCACCACCUUCCUAAUUCCAUAGAUUUAUUUUGAAACAUCAUUCUUCACUUUUUGCCUCUCAGCCUGGUGUAUUUUAGGUAUUUGCAACUAAUCGAAGGUAGCAUUGUUUACAGAAACAGAUCAAGGGCUAGAAUUUAGCUGAGUUGUUUUAAGGAAACAACAUUGAUUAAUACCUGCCUUUUCCUCCCCCAGCAAAAAGACUUGGGACAUAUUUGCUGUUUCUCACAUUGUUG